AUGGAACUUGAACAACUUAUUAAAUCAGUUCAGAGGAUGACUGUUCUGUAUUCAUUAGAUAACCGCGAUUGGAAUAAAAAGUUGUUAUAUGUAAUUGAAAGAUGGUUACUAGAGUCAACAGAAACUAUUCUUACAAUAUUUUAUGAUUGCAACGUUCUAACAGGAUGUCUUGGAUUUCCAGUUGCCCCGGUGCUAGAUUUAUGUUACUUUAUACGUUCAUCAAAUCAAAACUUCUCAGUCGACACCUUUCAUGAUUUGGUUCACAAUGGGACAAUUCAUGAUGAUGUAGAUGGUUGCCUCCUUAAUGUCUUGGAAUUUGUUUAUGCCCCCGUCUUUCGUAAUUUUAAAGAAUGGGGAGAUAAUGUAAAGCAGCGUUUCUGUACAGCCCUAGAUAAGUUUCUGGCCUUUUUAACAGGAGCCCAUUUCAAAAUGGCUGGUAUGACGGUUUUAUAUGUACCAUACGUCGUAAAACAAAUCGAUCGAGAAAGCAUAUCCUAUGAAAGAGAGUUUGUUAAGAACUUGGAAGUUAUUGCAGUGUCCUGGGCUACUCAAAUUCGAACACUCCUAAAUGACAAAACACUGCCAGUUUCUAAUGAAUUUAUUAGUGUUGAGGAUGAGUACGAGUUCUGGCUAUACCGUUUUGAAGUUUUACAAGGCCUAAACGCACAAUUAGAACAAGCUGAUGUUCAACAAAUUAUACGAGUUCUGCGUAAUACUCAUUCGGUAUACAUAAAACAGAUUGAUGAACUAAUAUAUGAAUCGAAGCAUGAAAUGGAUGAAGGAAUGUCAAAUAUAAAGUUUUUACAUCUGCUAAUGAAUCCUUGCGCUGAAAUGGAUUUGGCUGAUAGCCCAGUAUUUGUUUCCCAGCUUAUACCUGGAAUAAUUCAUUUAAUUCGAUUCAUUUGGUUAAAUUCAGAAACUUAUAAUCGGCGUGACUUGAUAACUGGGUUGUUCCGAGACUUAAGCAAUCAAAUUAUACGCUUCUGUACGGAAAUAACUAAUAUUGAUAAAAUACUUUCCGGUAGUUCAAGAUUCGGAAUAAAAAUGUGUAAUAUGUGCAUUGAUUGUUGCCUGACUUAUAAAGGAAUGUAUGAUCUUAUGUCAAAAGAACAUGGACGAAUUAAUAGUGAGUACGGUUGGAAUCUGGACAAUGCUAUGAUUUUUAAUCAUGUAGAUGCAUUUAUGGAGCGGCUUAAUGACGUUAUUGACAUAUGCGAAUCAAUGAUCGUGUUUGGCCGAUUAGAUGAAACUGAGAGUAUACCUAAGCCGCAAUUUGGAGGUACCAGUGGAGGAGAAUUCGAGACAACAUCUGCGCGCGUUGAGACUAACUUUUUGGCCACGCUCUCAGCGUUAAGUACCGAUUCGAAAGAAUUAAUAUUAAAUGUGCAUAAAAAUGAAUGGUACGAAGAAGUAAUCAAAUACCGGCGGACAGUUCAAAGUAUGGAAGAAACCGUUCAGCGGCUAGUGUCCAAUGUCUUUCAGCAUGUUUGUAAUAUUGAAGAGGCCUUAGAAUCGCUGAACAUCUUGUUGUUUUAUUCAUAUCGCAAUACAAUUCGGAAGACAUUUUUACGUCAAGUCUCAAAUGUUUGGGUUAUGUUUGCAAAUGAAAUAGAUAGUACUUCCCAAAUGCUGAUGGAUCGUAGUAAAUUGCACGAGUCUUGGGUCCCGUACUAUGCUUCACGUGCUAUUGGGUACCACAUUAAUCUAGAACGAUUAAAGUGGUUACGAAACCGAUUAAAUUCAUCAGAAUGGUUGCCCAAUGUAUCCGAGGCUUCCAUUGUGUUAAUCAAAUAUGAAGUUCUACGCAAAGAAUUCGACAAAGAGAUUAAAAAGAUAUAUGAUGAAUGGCAGAAAAAUUGUUGUACGUUGAAUCAAAAACUGGAUCGGAAUCUUAUUAUCCGAAGUAAAAAAAAAAAAGGUUUAAUAGAAUGUAAUAUUGACCGCACAGUAUUAAUUAUUUGUGAACAAGCUGAGCAUUUUGAGCGCCUUGGAUUUGGAGUACCUGGACCUGUUCGAAAAAUUUAUGAAAAACAUGAAACUCUACGGUUUGUUUAUAAUAGUGUAGUACAGGUGUGCCUUAACUACAACCAUAUACUAUCAGCACUUUCCGAGCAAGAAAGAAAACUUUUUCGCGCCCUUAUUCAGGCAUGUGAUCGCAAGAUUGCACCUGGAGUUUUUAAAUUGACAUAUGGUGGUGAACUUAGCGAUGCUUAUAUUGCAGAUUGCGCAAAGCAUACUAAUAAGCUUCAAGAAACCAUGGAUAUCUAUAAGCGAGCAAAUCUACAUGUUGCUCGGACAUGCGAAAAAAUUUGCGAUACUCCCAUGCUUAAAUUUAAUUUUACAGGUGCGGUUAUAAUAUCACUUUUUGAAUAUCAAAUGACAAACUACAUCCGCCGUGUUACAAAUGUACUUCGGGGGUACUAUAACACUAUUAUCGACUUAUUGUUUGCAGUAUUUAAGGAGUUCCAAUCGGUCAUUGAUGAUAUGGCAAUUGAAUGGUACAGUUUUGUUAAUGUAUUUGAUGACAUGCUUGCAACAGCUUUUCUCACAAGUGCAAGAAACUCUUUGACAAUGGUGUCAUCUGCCCUACAUCGUGAGGCUGACAUGGCAGCUGCGCCUAUACUCGUAAUGGAAUCUGAUGUUAAGAAUAGGCAGGUUAUACUAACUCCUGAUAUGGACACAAUUGCAAGUUUACUCAAUGCGAAUAUUGACCGAGUUCACAAUAUACUUGAACAGUUUCCCCGCAUCGCUAAUAAAAUGAAAUUGCCAAAAGAGCAACAGUCUGAUCCAUUUUCUAAAGUUUUUCGAGAAGAUUCGGAAUGCAGGGGAAUUAUUCGAAUUAUUGAAGCAGAAAUAAAUCACGAGCGUGAAGAGAUAGCUGGCUAUGUAUCCUUUUGGAAUAGUCAUAAGGCUUUAUGGGAGACAUCGGAAUCUGAAUUUACAAAACGUGUUAAAUCCACUCCAAUGACGGCAGAUAUUUUUGAGGCAAGCAUUGAAUACUACAGCACAAUGGCAGACGACAUUUCUUUUGUUGAUGCUAUAUCGCAUGUUUACUUUAUACUCAUGAAUCAAAAUUACAUAAAGAAUUCGAUACUUGAUUGGAUUGAAAAAUGGCAGGCUCUGAAUAUUAAAAUUCUGCUAAACCAUUCGUUUUCAUUAAUACGAUCGAUCUACCGGUAUAUGAGAAGAAACGAACGAAAACUAACAAUGGUGCCACGUACCCUUAAAGAGUCUUUGGCUGCCAAGGAAUUUUUUGAGAAACUAAUUGAAGAUGUGCCGAUUAGGCAAGCCACAUUUCCUCCCAUGCUUGAACUUUUUGCAGUAUUAGACAAAUAUCAAGUCGACAUCCUUGAUGAAAUACGUCAAAAUGUUCUGGGUCUGAACAAUGCAUGGCAACACUAUCUUAAGAAGUUAGCAGAGGCGGAUGAGAUGUUAGACAACAAUCGCGAAGAAUUUAAAAAAAUUUUAUUACAACAGGCCGAAAAGUUUAAAAUUAUUCUCAAAGAAUUUCUUGACGAUUUUUAUUUGAAGUUACCAACUGCUGCUAAUAUAAAUCCAAAAGUUGCACUUAAAUUCCUCAAAAUUAUAGCUCUUAAAGUUGAAGAUUGUUUUAAAUUUGAGGAAAGUUUAAUGCGUGAUCUGUCAGUAUUCAAUGUUAAUCAACCUGAAAGUGUCGACCUCCGGAAGCUGGAAUCUGAAGUUAAAAUUGUACAGAACAUAUGGGAUCUAAUACUUGGCUGGCAAACAAGUUGGGAAGGAUGGAAAAAGGGAAAUUUUUGGAAAAUUAAUAUUAAUGAAAUGGAGGAUUACGCCCUGAGUUUGUAUAAAGAAUUUAGCAAUUUAAGUAAGAAAUUCUAUGAUCGUCACUGGGAAAUGCUUGAAGUGACCACGAAAAAUUUAGACAGCUUUCGACGUACUUUACCAUUAAUAACAGCAUUAAAAAAUCCAUGCAUGCGGGAGCGUCAUUGGAAUCGGGUUCGCGACGUUCUUCAGGUUGACUUUGAUGAGAACUCAAAGAAUUUUACAUUAGAACUGAUUAUAAAUUUAGAUUUUCAAGCGUUUUCUGAAGAUAUUCAAGAUAUAUCAAAUGCAGCUACUAUGGAAUUGCAAAUUGAAAAUGGAAUAAAAAAUAUAGCUUCAGUUUGGAAAAAACAAGGGUUUGAAAUGGCAUUUUAUCAUGAUGGCAUAUAUCGCAUUAAGAACGUAGAGGAUUGUUUUCAGUUACUUGAAGAUCACAUGGUACAGAUAUCAGCUAUGAAGGCUACUCGUUUUGUGGAGCCAUUCAUUGAAAUUGUGGAUUAUUGGGAGAAAACUUUAUCAUAUAUUAGCGAAAGUGUUGAAAAAGGAUUAGUAGUGCAACGGCAGUGGCUUUAUUUGGAAAAUAUAUUUCAAGGUGAUGAUAUACGUAAGCAACUUCCAGAUGAGGCUAAACGAUUUGCGACUAUUACCGAAGAGUUUCAAACUAUAUCUAGCAAGAUGUUCCAAGCUAAGACGGCAGUUAAAGCAACUCACUUACGUGCCCCACCUUUUUUGUUAAAUCGAUUUAACCGCAUGGAUGAACGACUGGAGCUUAUUCAGCGUGCCUUAGAGAUUUAUCUUGAAACUAAACGCCAACUAUUUCCCCGCUUUUACUUUAUUUCAAAUGAUGAUAUGUUAGAAAUAUUGGGUAAUGCUAAAAGACCAGAUUUAGUUCAAACACAUUUAAAAAAGUUAUUUGAUAAUUUAUACAAGCUUGAGCUUAAGAGAGUAGGAAAAACGCUCAAUCGCUGGCAAGGUUCUGGUAUGUACUCUGAUGAUGGGGAAUUUGUAGAGUUUCAACAAGUUCUCUAUAUUGACGGACCCUCGGAACGAUGGCUAAGGCAGGUAGAGGAGUAUAUGUUUACGGUAAUGAAAGAAUUAUUAAAAUUAACAAGAAGAUCUUUAAAAAAACUAAUUGGAAAUCGUGAGAAAUGGAUUUUUCUUUGGCCCGGGCAAAUGGUACUUACCACUGCCCAGAUACAAUGGACUACAGAGUGUACUCGCAGUCUCAUUCACUGUAAUAUGGUCGACCAAAAGAAACCUCUACGAAAACUAAAAAGAAAACAGAUAAAAGUUCUUUCAAAACUUUCAGAGAUGAGCCGAAAAGAACUUACCAAAAUAAUGCGACUUAAGGUAAAUACUCUUAUCACCUUAGAGAUUCAUGGCCGAGAUGUUAUCGAACGGAUGUACAAAGCAAAUUGCAAAGAUACCGGCCAUUUUGAGUGGUUUUCACAACUACGGUUUUAUUGGCACCGUGAAUCAGAACUAUGUAUUAUAAGGCAGACUAAUACCGAGCACUGGUAUGGCUAUGAAUAUACAGGUAAUUCCGGAAGGCUAGUAAUAACUCCACUUACUGAUCGAUGUUAUAUAACGCUGACUACAGCCCUACACCUCCAUCGUGGCGGGAGCCCGAAAGGUCCUGCAGGUACCGGUAAGACUGAGACAGUUAAAGAUUUGGGCAAGGCUUUGGGAAUGUGGGUUAUAGUCACAAACUGCUCAGAAGGUCUAGACUAUAAGAGCAUAGGUAAAAAUUUCUCGGGCCUGGCACAAAGUGGUUCUUGGGGCUGUUUCGAUGAGUUUAAUCGUAUCAAUAUUGAAGUUUUAUCUGUUGUAGCACAACAAAUAAUGUCUAUUAUGGCAGCACUGUCUGCUAAAUCGAUUGAAUUCAUGUUUGAAGGUCAAAUGAUUAAGUUAAAACAUACUGUGGGACUCUUUAUUACUAUGAAUCCAGGAUAUGCCGGUAGAACUGAGCUGCCCGACAACUUAAAGUCUAUGUUUCGUCCUAUUUCAAUGAUGGUUCCAGAUAAUAUAAUAAUUGCGGAGAAUUUGCUAUUUUCUGACGGUUUUACCAAUACGCGAAGUUUAGCGCGAAAGGUUUUUACUUUAUACGAAUUAGCUAAGCAGCAAUUAUCUAAGCAAUAUCACUAUGACUUUGGUCUUCGGUCAAUGGUAGCUCUCUUACGGUACGCAGGUCGGAAACGCCGUCAGUUGCCAAAUACAAAUGAAGAAGAAAUUGUUUACUUAGCUAUGAAAGAUAUGAAUGUAGCUCGAUUAACCGCUAAUGACUUGCCACUGUUUAAUGGAAUUAUUUCUGAUAUUUUUCCUGGCGUUAAUCUGCCUGUAAUAGACUACAGCGAAUUUAACAUUGCAAUAUAUGAAGAAUUUAAGGAUGCUAACUUGCAGCCAAUGUCUAUAGCAGUUAAAAAGGUCAUAGAACUUUAUGAAACAAAAAAUUCCCGACAUUCAGUUAUGAUUAUAGGUGAUACAGGCACAGCAAAAUCAGUAACGUGGCGUAUAUUACAAGGAGCAUAUUGCCGUAUGAAUGCGCAACGAUUCCAAGGCUGGGAGGCUGUAUCUGUGCAUCCAGUAAAUCCUAAAGCAUUGAAUUUGGCAGAGCUAUACGGGGAGUAUAAUUUGGCAACUGGUGAAUGGCUUGACGGUGUGCUCAGUUCUAUAAUGCGUAUUAUCUGCGCAGAUGAAGAUCCAAUGCAAAAAUGGCUGUUGUUCGAUGGACCCGUUGAUGCAGUCUGGAUCGAAAAUAUGAAUUCAGUAAUGGAUGAUAAUAAGCUGCUUACUCUUGUAAAUAGUGAACGUAUAACUAUGCCUGCGCAGGUUUCGCUAUUGUUUGAAGUCGGCGAUUUAGCUGUAGCCUCGCCUGCUACCGUAUCUCGGUGUGGUAUGGUAUAUAAUGACUAUAACGACUGGGGAUGGAAACCUUAUGUUAACUCGUGGCUACAGCGCCAAAAAGUAAAGGAGUUUGCCGAUUUCCUGAAGAUUCAUUUUGAAUUUAUGAUCACAAAAUUGCUUGAGCACAAGCGCACGCGUUGCAAAGAGCCCGUUAAGACAAAUGAGUUAAACGGCGUGAUGUCGUUGUGUAAGUUGCUAGAGGGCUUUGCAACAAAACAGAAUGGCAUAAAUCCACAAAAUUUAGAAUUAUUGGAGGAGAUGACUAAAUUGUGGUUUAUGUUUUGUUUAGUGUGGUCAAUAUGUGCAAGCGUAGAUGAAGAUGGUCGUUUAAGACUUGAUGGAUUUAUACGAGAAAUAGAAAGCUGCUUUCCAAUAAAGGAUACCAUAUAUGAUUACUUUGUAGAUCCACAGAUGCGAACAUUUUUACCUUGGGAUAGCAAGCUUUCAGAUGGUUGGCGAUAUGAUGAAGAAUGUCCAUUUUAUAAAAUCCUUGUUCCAACUGGUGAUACCAUGCGCUACGAGUAUGUAGUAUCAAAACUUUUAUCUGAAGAUUAUCCUGUUAUGCUUGUUGGUAAUGUUGGCACGGGGAAAACAUCAACUGCAGUAAGUGUAAUGGAAGCAUGUGAUAAACACAAGUUCUGCGUUCUUUCCGUAAACAUGUCUGCACAGACCACUGCAGCUGGAUUACAGGAAUCAAUAGAAAAUCGAACCGAAAAACGUACCAAAACACAAUUUUUACCUAUUGGUGGUAAAAGAAUGAUAUGCUUUAUGGAUGACUUCAAUAUGCCUGCCAAAGAUACUUAUGGGUCACAGCCACCAUUAGAGCUAAUACGGCAAUGGAUUGAUUAUAAGUAUUGGUUUAAUCGCAAAACACAGCAAAAAAUAUAUGUCCAAAACACCCUGUUGAUGGCAGCUAUGGGUCCACCGGGUGGUGGUAGACAAAUGAUUUCCAGUCGUACUCAAAGCCGCUUUGUCUUAAUAAAUCUAACUUUUCCCACUCAGGAAACAGUCGUUCGAAUUUUCGGUUCUAUGCUUAGACAGAAACUGGAGUCCUUUUCAAAUGAAGUUCGUGAGAUGUGGCUUCCGAUUACACAAUGUACUAUUUAUUUGUAUUUAGCUGUUAUUGGUAAAAUGUUGCCAACACCAAAUAAGUCGCACUACCUAUUUAAUCUUCGAGAUAUCUCAAAAGUAUUUCAAGGCCUUUUAAGAAGUGCACAGGAACUACAAACAAAAAAAUCGUUUUUCUUGCGUUUAUGGAUACACGAGUGUUUUCGAGUAUUUUGCGAUCGUCUUGUUGACGAUACAGAUUAUCUUUGGUUUCUGAAUACAAUUAAUGAUACUUUAGGAAAACAUUUUGAAGUUACUUUCCAUAGUCUUUGUCCUUCGAAGCAACCGCCACUUUUUGGAGACUUUGUUCACCCACAAGGAUUCUAUGAAGAUCUUGAAAUUGAUUCCUUGCGAGUUUAUAUGAAAACUCAAUUAAAUGAGUUCAACAAUUUUCCGGCGAUGACACGUAUGAAUCUAGUUUUUUUUAAAGAAGCUAUUGAACAUAUUGUAAGGAUACUGAGAGUGAUUUCCCAACCGCGUGGACAUGUUCUUAACAUGGGUAUAGGUGGCUCAGGCCGACAAGUACUUGCCAAACUAGCCGCAUUUAUUUUAGAAAUGGGAAUCUUUCAAAUUGAGGUCACAAAAAAAUAUAAAACAAAUGAUUUACGUGAAGAUUUAAAAAAUCUUUAUAAGUUAACAGGAAUAAAACAGCGUAUCACGCUCUUUGUAUUUAGUAGUGAGCAAAUAGCUGAAGUCUCAUUUUUGGAAAUAAUAAACAAUAUGUUAAGUACUGCUGAAAUAAAUCUUUUCAAGUCUGAUGAGUUUGAUGAAUUAAAAAAUGAACUCGAACGACCAGCAAAGAAAGCUGGAAUUGUAAUGACAACGGAAUCAAUGUACUCAUUUUUUAUGUUAAAUGUACGCGAUUUUAUGCACAUAGCACUCUGCUUUAGUCCUAUUGGAGAAAAUUUCAGAAGCUUUAUAAGGCAAUAUCCUGCUCUGUUAAGCUCAACAACUCCGAAUUGGUUCAGACUAUGGCCUCAAGAAGCUCUUUUGGAAGUAGCUUCUCAUUUUAUGCACGGAUUUAAGCUAAACGUUGUUGUUCCAGGAAAAGAGGAUGAAAAUCAUCGUGAAAGCUUAGUCAUCACUACAGAGAGUGUGCUUCAUCGAGACAUCGCACACGCAUUUUCUAUUAUUCAUUCAAGUGUAGUAAAAAUGUCAGACCUGAUGCUAUUGCAAGUUAAGAGGUAUAAUUACGUAACAUCACCAAAUUAUUUACAACUUGUUAGCGGUUUCAAGGAGCUCCUUGAAAAAAAAAGAUUGGAAGUAUCUACGGCAGCCAAUAGAUUACGUAAUGGCUUAUCAAAAAUUGCCGAAACGCAGGAAAAAGUGUCUUUAAUGUCGGAGGAGUUAAAAAUUAGUUCAGAACAAGUUAAAAUACUUGCUAAAGAAUGUGAAGAGUUUAUAUCUAUGAUUGAAGUGCAAAAGGCCGAGGCAACAGAGCAAAAGGAAAAAGUAGAUGCAGAAGCAGUGAUAAUUAGACGCGAAGAAGUAAUUUGUCUCGAUUUGGCCGCCACGGCACGUGCCGACUUAGAAGUGGUAAUGCCAAUGAUUGACGCUGCCGUAAAGGCAUUAGAUGCACUUAAUAAAAAAGAUAUAGCUGAAGUCAAAUCAUACGGGCGCCCGCCCAUGAAAAUUGAAAAGGUAAUGGAAGCAGUUUUAAUACUGCUUGGAAAAGAACCCACUUGGGAAAACGCUAAAAAAGUGUUAAGUGAAUCAACAUUUCUAAAUGACUUAAAAAACUUUGACCGUGACCACAUAUCAGAUAAAACUCUUAAGCGAAUUGCUAUGUAUACAAAAAAUCCGGAACUAGAACCAGAUAAGGUAGCUGUUGUUUCAGUUGCUUGUAAAUCUUUGAUGCUAUGGAUAAUGGCAAUAGAAAACUAUGGGAAAGUGUAUCGAAUUGUGGCUCCUAAGCAGGAAAAACUAGAUAAUGCUAUGAGAUCACUUGAAGAAAAACAAGCAGCGUUAGCAGCUGCUAAAAAAAAGCUUGAAGAAUUGCAAGCAGUCAUUGAAGAGCUGUAUCGGCAAUUGAAUGAAAAAACUCAACUUCUCAAUGAAUUACGAGCAAAAGAAGAGCGCUUGCGAAAACAAUUAGAAAGAGCUAUUAUCUUAGUAGAAUCAUUAUCUGGUGAACGAGAGCGUUGGAUUGAUACGGUUUCUCAAUUAGAUCUUGCAUUUGAAAAACUUCCCGGAGACUGCUUGUUAUCUAUAGCGUUUAUGUCAUAUUUAGGGGCAUUUGAUACAAAGUACCGCGAAGAUUUGUUAUCCAAGUGGUCGCAGUUAAUUAAAGAUCUUCUUAUACCUGCCACAUCAGAAUUAAAAAUAACAACUUUUCUUAGUGAUGCUGUUUCCAUACGGGAGUGGAAUAUACAAGGUCUGCCAGCUGAUGACCUAAGUACAGAAAAUGGUGUAAUAGUAUCACAAGGAAGCCGUUGGCCUCUUGUUAUUGAUCCGCAGAUGCAAGCGAAUAACUGGAUCAAGAAUAUGGAGGCGCAUAAUCAGCUUAUAAUUAUUGACUUUGGUAUGACUGAUUAUAUUCGACAAUUGGAACAAGCACUUAAAGAAGGGCUACCAGUUUUAUUGCAAAAUGUCGGGGAAAAUUUGGACCAAGCCAUUAAUCCCAUACUUCGUCGAAGUUUCACAAUUCAGAGUGGGGAAAAAUUAAUAAAAUUUAACGACAAGUAUAUUUCCUAUAACGAUCAAUUUCGGUUUUAUAUAACAACAAAGAUAGGAAAUCCUCACUACCCUCCUGAAACUUCAUCUAAAACCACUAUAGUUAACUUUGCUCUAAAACAGGAUGGCUUAGAAGCACAGCUAUUAGGAAUAAUAGUGCGUAAAGAAAAACCAGCAUUAGAAGAACAAAAAGAUGAGCUAGUUUUAACUAUAGCACGCAAUAAACGAACUUUAAUUGAUCUUGAUAACGAAAUACUUCGUUUACUUAAUGAGAGCCGAGGUUCAUUAUUAGAUGAUGAUGAGCUCUUCUCAACAUUGCAGAAAUCACGCCAAACUUCUGUACUUGUUAAGGAAUCUCUUACUAUUGCUGAGGUUACUGAGGUAGAAAUUGAUGCAGCACGUCAAGAAUAUAAGCCUGCAUCAGAACGUGCAGCUAUAUUAUUCUUUGUGCUAAUGGACAUGUCAAAAAUUGAUCCAAUGUAUGUCUUCUCACUAGCAGCUUAUAUUUUACUCUUUACGCACUCUAUUGAACGAAGUCCACGUAACCAAUUGAUACAUGAGCGAAUACAGAAUAUCAACGACUAUCAUACUUACUCGGUAUAUCGUAAUACAUGUCGAGGACUUUUUGAAAGACAUAAGCUUUUAUUUUCAAUACAUAUGACAGCAAAAAUACUUUCAAAUGCCGGAAAACUUAUGGAAGACGAGUACGAUUUUAUAUUGAAAGGUGGGAUAGUUUUAGACAAACAAGGACAGGCUCCUAAUCCGGCACCAUGGUGGAUUAAUGAGCAAAACUGGGACAAUAUUACAGAAUUGGAUAAAGUUUCUGGGUUCCAUGGCAUAAUAGAUUCCUUCGAGCAGAAUGUUAAGUCUUGGAAUGCUUGGUACGCGACGACCUUUCCAGAACAAGAGGAUCUUGUUGGUGAGUGGAAUGAUAAGCUCAGCGAUUUUCAAAAGAUAUGUGUUUUACGCUCAUUACGACCAGAUCGUAUUUCGUUCUGUAUGACUCAAUUUAUUAUUACUAAGCUUGGUCCACGAUAUGUUGAUCCGCCCGUUCUCGAUCUAAAAGCUACUUUCGAAGAAUCUAUUUCUCAAACACCACUUAUAUUUGUACUAUCGGCAGGGGUUGAUCCUGCACAAUCACUUAUAACAUUAUCAGAAUCUGUUAAAAUGGCACAGCGCAUGUAUUCCCUCAGCUUGGGUCAAGGUCAAGCUCCUGUUGCAACAAAGCUUAUUAUGGAUGGCAUAAGAGAUGGAAAUUGGGUAUUCUUAGCAAACUGUCAUUUAGCAUUAAGUUGGAUGCCUACUCUUGACAAAAUGAUAACUACAAUGCAAUCCAUGAAAUUACAUAAAAAAUUUAGACUUUGGCUUAGUUCAAGUCCUCAUCCAGACUUCCCCAUAUCAAUUCUUCAAACAAGUAUAAAAAUGACGACGGAGCCGCCUCGUGGAAUAAAAGCAAAUAUGAAACGUCUAUAUAAUAAUGUUAAUGAAGUUAAUAUGGAUACAUGCAAUGACUCCAGUAAAUAUAAGAAACUGCUUUUCGCACUAUGUUUUUUCCAUACUAUACUGCUCGAGCGCAAAAAAUUUUUACAACUUGGUUGGAAUGUUAUAUAUAGUUUCAAUGACUCAGACUUUGAAGUGUCUGAAAUAUUACUGCUUUUAUAUUUAAAUGAAUAUGAAGAGACGCCUUGGGGUGCAUUAAAGUAUCUAAUAGCUGGUGUUAACUACGGAGGACACGUUACCGACGAUUGGGAUCGGCGACUACUAACUACAUAUAUUAAUCAAUUCUACUGCGAUCAAGCAUUAAAUACUCGAAAGUUUCGGCUUUCCGCUUUAACAAAUUAUUUUAUACCUGAUGAUGGUGAUGUACAGACGUACUUAGACCAAAUACAAAUGUUUCCUAAUUUUGAUAAGCCUGAAGCUUUUGGUCAGCAUUCCAAUGCAGAUAUAGCAUCACUUAUAGGUGAAACGCGAAUGCUUUUUGAGACACUCCUUUCAAUGCAAGUACAAACAGCUGGUUCUGAAGGUAGCGACAAUGCAGAGGAUAAAGUUUCUGAUCUAGCUAAAGAAAUAUUAAUGAGUACGCCUGAUGAGAUAAAUUAUGAACAAACUGCUAAGAUAAUUGGAAUAAAUCGAACUCCCCUAGAGGUGGUAUUACUUCAGGAAAUUGAACGCUAUAAUACACUUCUACGAGAAAUGUGCACACAUUUGCGUGAUUUACGGAGGGGAAUACAGGGAUUGGUAGUAAUGAGCUCUGACUUGGAGGAUAUAUAUAUGGCGGUGGCUGAGGGCCGAGUUCCAUUACAAUGGUUAAAAGCUUACAGUUCUCUAAAGCCAUUAGCUGCUUGGGCACGGGAUUUAACUCUUCGUGUUGCCCACUUCAACACAUGGGCAAAAACGCUCCGCUCACCAACUCUUUUUUGGCUAGCAGCCUAUACUUUUCCUACUGGAUUUGUUACGGCAGUAUUACAAACUUCAGCUCGUUCUACCAAGACGCCUAUUGAUGAAUUGUCUUGGGAGUUUUAUGUAUUUGUUGAAGAAGAUGCAGCUGCCGCUCGUAUUAUUCGUGAAGGAGGUGGCGUGUAUAUACGUAAUUUGUUUCUGGAGGGUGCUGGAUGGCUCAGGAAAAAUCAAUGCCUGCAAGAUCCACUUCCCAUGGAAUUGAUCAGCCCUUUACCCGUAAUACACUUUAAACCAGUCGAAAACCUUAAAAAGCGCUCAAGGGGAAUUUACCAGUGCCCAGCCUAUUAUUAUCCAAUACGAUCUGGAUCCUUUGUUAUAGCCGUAGAUUUGAAGUCCGGUAGUGAGACAGCUGAUCAUUGGAUAAAGCGAAGUACAGCUAUAUUAUUAAGCCUAGUUAACUAA